AUGGCUGAUGAGGAGUCAUCCCCGAGCUCCUGCCUGUCGUCAGAGAACGAGCAUGGCCUGCAGUGGUCCAACAGCCCUGAGGCCACAUCCAUGGUUCUUGCUGCCUGUCCUCGCUGCUUCAUCUACGUCAUGCUCCCACAAGAUGACCCUCGGUGCCCCCAGUGCAAGAGCCCUGUGCUCCUUGACUUCCUGCAGGACAACAACAACAGUAAGAACAACAGUAAUAAUAACAGCAGGAGGAGCAGGAGGGGAUGA